CGAAGCAGCGAGCGAACGCCGCGGCUCAGCGCAGCUGGGACCAUGGUCUUCCCUGCCCGGGGCUGCCCGGGGCCGCUGGUCCGGCAGCUCAUCUUGCUGCUGACCUGUCUGCUCCUGCCGCCCACCCAGGCCCUGCCCACCGAUCUGAUGCCCGGGGACUUUGCCACAGACGAGGCCGGGGCGAAACUCUUUGCCCAGAGCUACAACUCCACGGCGGAGAUCAUCCUGUACGAGAACACCGCAGCCAGCUGGGCUUAUAACGUCAACAUCACCCAAGAGAACGCGAAGCGGCAGGAGGAAGCAGACCUACUGUAUCAAGAAUUCACUGAGGCUUGGGGUCAGAAAGCCAAGUCGCUCUAUGACCACAUCUGGAAGAAUUUCACGGACCCCCAGCUUUACAAGAUCAUCAGUUCUGUGAGGAGCCUGGGCCCAGCCAAUCUGCCCAUAGACCAGCGACAGACGUACAAUACCUUGCUGAGCAAAAUGACCAGCAUAUAUUCUUCAGCCAAAGUCUGCUUCCCCAACAAGACUGCCACCUGCUGGGCCCUGGAACCAGAGCUUACAGAGAUCUUGGCCUCCUCGAGAAGCUACACUAAGCUGCUGUUUGCCUGGGAGGGCUGGCACAAUGCAGUAGGGGUUCCUCUGAAACCUGAAUAUGAAGCUUUUGUCAAUCUCAGCAAUGAGGCCUAUAAGUUGGACGGCUAUGAAGACACAGGGGCAUACUGGCGUUCUUGGUAUGACUCGUCUACAUUCGUGGAUGACCUGGAGCGACUGUACCAACAGCUGGAGCCGCUCUACCUGAAUCUCCACGCCUUUGUGCGCCGUGGCUUGUACCGCCGCUAUGGGGAAAAGUACAUCAAUCUCCAGGGUCCCAUCCCUGCUCAUCUACUGGGAAAUAUGUGGGCACAGAGCUGGGAAAACAUCUAUGACAUGGUGGUUCCCUUCCCAGACAAGCCCAACCUAGAUGUCACCAGCACCAUGGUGCAGAAGGGUUGGAAUGCCACACACAUGUUCCGGGUUGCAGAAGAAUUCUUCACAUCUCUGGGACUGCUGCCUAUGCCUCCGGAGUUCUGGGCAGAGUCCAUGUUGGAGAAGCCAGAUGAUGGGCGAGAGGUGGUAUGCCACGCCUCUGCCUGGGACUUCUACAACAGAAAAGAUUUUAGGAUUAAGCAGUGCACAAGAGUGACCAUGGACCAGCUGUCUACCGUGCAUCACGAGAUGGGCCAUGUGCAAUAUUACCUUCAGUACAAAGAUCUGCCUGUUUCCCUGCGAGCAGGAGCCAACCCUGGCUUCCACGAGGCCAUUGGGGAUGUGCUAGCCCUAUCUGUUUCCACACCCGCCCACCUACACAAAAUCGGCCUGCUAGACAAUGUUACUAAUGACAAUGAAAGUGAUAUUAACUACCUGUUAAAGAUGGCACUAGAAAAGAUUGCCUUCUUGCCCUUUGGCUACCUGGUGGACCAGUGGCGUUGGAGGGUCUUCAGUGGGGUCACGACUCCAUCCCAGUACAACUACGACUGGUGGUACCUUCGGACAAAAUACCAGGGCAUUUGCCCUCCCAUUGCCCGGAAUGAAACUCACUUUGACGCUGGGGCAAAGUUUCAUGUCCCAUCUGUAACACCAUAUAUCAGGUAUUUUGUGAGUUUUGUCCUUCAGUUCCAGUUCCACAAAGCCCUGUGUGCUGAGGCAGGCCACACCGGGCCCCUACACCACUGUGACAUCUACCAAUCUCAACAGGCUGGUGCCAAACUCAGGGAGGUGUUGCAGGCAGGUGCUUCUCAGCACUGGAAGGAUGUGCUGAAGGGGCUGACAGGCUCAGAGACCAUGGAUGUAGGACCUCUUCUGGAAUACUUCGAGCCUCUCACCGUCUGGCUCCAGCAACAGAAUCAGAUCAAUGGCGAGGUCCUGGGCUGGCCUGAAUUUGAGUGGCGUCCACCAGUGCCAGAUGGCUAUCCAGAGGGCAUUGACAAGCUGGCUGAUGAAGCAGAGGCUGAGAAGUUCCUUGAGGAGUAUGAUCGUUUGGGGCAAGUCAUAACAACUGCAUACGUAGAGGCCAGCUGGGCUUACAACACAAACAUCACCGAUGAAAAUAGCAAGAUUAUGUUGGAAAAAAACCUGGAGUUGUCUUCUCACACACUAAAAUAUGGCACCGGUGCCCGUCAGUUUGACACCAGCAAUUUCCAGCAGUCAUCAGUGAAGCGGCAACUGGAAAAGCUUCAGGAUCUGGGUCGGGCAGCCCUGUCCCCUACGGAUUUGGAUAAGUACAAUAAGAUACUGAUACAGAUGGAAUCAGCUUACAGUACAGCCAAAGUGUGCCAGCAAAGUGGUUCUUGUCUUCCCCUGGAGCCUGAUUUGACGGAGUUGAUGGCCUCAUCUCGGGACUAUGACAACCUGCUGUGGGCGUGGCAGGGCUGGAGGGAUGCAGCAGGACGAGCUAUCCUUCCCAACUUCCAGGAGUAUGUGGAGCUCAGUAACAAGGCUGCCCAGCUCAAUGGCUAUGCUGAUGCUGGAGCUUCCUGGAGAGCCCAGUAUGAAACACCUUCCCUGGAGCAGGACCUGGAGAAAAUCUACCUGGAACUGCAGCCGCUCUACCUGAACCUCCAUGCCUACAUCCGCCGUGCCCUAUACCGCCACUAUGGAGCCAACCACAUCAAUCUUCAAGGGCCCAUUCCUGCUCAUCUAUUAGGCAACAUGUGGGCUCAGAGCUGGUCCAACAUCUAUGAGCUGGUGGUUCCUUUCCCUUCUGCCCAUCGGGUGGAUGCCACUCCAGCUAUGAAAAGCCAGGGAUGGACCGCCCGGAAGAUGUUUGAGGAGGCAGAUAAAUUCUUUCAGUCCCUGGGUCUGUUGCCCCUGCCCCCUGAGUUCUGGGACAAGUCAAUGUUGGAGAAGCCAAAUGAUGGGCGAGAAGUAGUGUGCCAUGCUUCUGCUUGGGAUUUCUACAAUGGCAAGGACUUCAGGAUCAAACAGUGCACAACGGUGAACAUGGAGGACCUCAUCACCACCCACCAUGAGAUGGGCCACGUGCAGUAUUUCAUGCAAUACAAGGACCAGCCUCUGGCCUUCCGAGAUGGUGCCAACCCAGGUUUCCAUGAGGCCAUCGGAGAUGUGCUGGCACUCUCUGUCUCCACCCCCAAGCACUUACACAGUAUUGGUCUACUGGAUAAUGAGGGCGAGGGCUAUGAGAGUGAGAUCAACUAUCUGAUGAGUGUUGCACUGGACAAGGUCGCCUUCCUCCCUUUUGGUUACCUCAUUGACCAGUGGCGGUGGCGGGUGUUUGAUGGGAGCAUCGACAAGAAAGACUAUAACCAGGAAUGGUGGAACCUCAGGCUUAAGUACCAGGGUCUGUGUCCACCAGUGCCCAGGACGCAAGAGGACUUUGACCCAGGUGCCAAGUUCCACAUACCUGCAAAUGUGCCCUAUCUCAGAUACUUUGUCAGUUUUGUGAUUCAAUUCCAGUUCCACGAGGCCCUGUGCCGAGCUGCUGGCCACACGGGUGCACUGUACAAGUGUGAUAUCUAUCAAUCAAAGGAGGCAGGGAAGCUCUUGGCGGAUGCUAUGAAACUGGGACUCAGUAAGCCCUGGCCAGAGGCUAUGAUGCUAAUUACUGGACAAUCCAACAUGUCAGCCACCGCUAUUGUGAACUACUUCCAGCCCCUCCUGGACUGGCUCAUCACCAAGAACAAGGAACAAGAGGAGACACUAGGCUGGCCUCAGUAUGACUGGACUCCAGAUUCUGGUACUUUCAAUGGAAAAGUCUCCUUCUUGGGAAUGGAGCUGGAGUCUGGGAAGGCCAAAGCAGGGCAGUGGAUACUGCUUUUCCUGGGCCUGGUGUUGCUUGUGGCUACAAUAGUCUUGGCCUAUAAGACAUGUAGCCUGAGACGUCGGCAGGAGCCUUAUUUUGGCUCUGAGGUGGAGCUGAGACACUCCUGAGACUGAGCCAGGACACAAAGGAAACUAAAAACCACGUGACGAGAAGAGGGGGAGAUGGUAGAGGGGAGAAAUGGAAACCAUGCUCAGGACAGAGCUUUGGCUAUUAAGGACUGAGGGAACUCAGUCCACUGGACUCUGGACCUCAUUCUGUUUCUACUCUGCCCCACCUCCACCUUAUUCUCUACUGCUCUUCUCCUCUUCUUUCUUCCUUCUCACCUUGUAUUUUCUCUUUUUUUCUGGCUUCUCUGAUUAAGUCAGGCUUUCCUAACUAUGCAAGAUACUGUAGGACCACUCCAUCUCAACAGGUAACAAUAGAGGUAUCUUCCCAAACACUCCUACCACGAUGGAUAUCUGAAGGGGAACAGAGUUCGAAUUGGGGGAGAAAGAGAGCUUGUUUAUUUUCCUGUGGCUUAUUAAUGAAACCUCCAUAAGUUAGGUAUGGUGUGCUCAGUAAGAGCUAACUAGGAUUUCCCCCUUCAAAGAAUCCCACUACCAAGAACCUAUGUGAAUGAAAUUUAAGGUUCAUUUUCUUAAACUGUGUCCCAUUCCCUAAUCAAUAAUCCCUCUUGCUCCCAAACUAGUAAAUACUAGUUUGGGAGAUUGGGAUUUGUAAUACCUGAAGGCAGCAAGCACUGAGGUCCAGUCUUCUCCUAUUCGUAUCCCAUUUUCCCAAGCAUCUACCCUCAAUUCUGAAUCUUCUUCCUACAGAGGGACCCAGGGACUACUACCCAGAACAGAAAUAGUCUUCCAACCACCCCAGCCUGGCACUCAUUUAGCAUACUAUAUUGCAAUCACUAUUUUUCCUCUAGCCAGCCUUUCUAUCUCUCUGUUGUAAAGGUUGAGGGAAAAUGGGGGACUCCUUUACCCUCCUAGGACAAAGGUCCCAGCUUCACUUGGUCUACCCAGAAGAAGUAUUACACAUCCUGAGUGUGACCUCCAGGAGGAGAAUUUGGGAAUAUAUCUGGGUCAAACUGACUAGGGAGGCUAUUAGGCCUUUCUGGAAAGCUAUAACUAGGUCUGGGUGACUGGGGCUUUGUCUGGGGGUGGGAGGGGUGACCAGAAAAUAGAGCACUGGCAGCACUUUGUGUCCUUCAGUAACAUAGAAACAACUGAUCUUAGCAGCUAACCAGGUAGAAAAAGUAAUUAAAACAGAAAGAUACAAGCUUGAAGCUUGCCCUACCCAGGCAGCCACUACUCAAGUGACUUUUUCAUUAGCCUAGCCCUGCCACCGUCCAUGGCAAUCUCUUCCCCAAGGGUGGCCUUGUGAUGUCCUGGUAUUUCUGCUACAACCCCCUUAGCUGAAUUGAGGGAAAGUGUUAUGCUACUUGCCCAGGACACAAAAACAGCUGAGUCUCUGCUUUCUGCUGAAAUUAAAAGUGCCUUGUCACAGUCACUGUCCUAUUCCAAAAAGUGCCCAAACUCUGACUAGUUGUGAAUUUACAUGCUUUGUAUAUCCUUCCUCAUGAAAUGUCCCCCAUUGGCCUCAAGUCCUUGCCCCCCCUCACUUCCCUGGGACUCAGUCUAUCCCAUUUCUCAAUCCAACCCAGGUCUACGUGGUGGGAAUGGGAAUGGGGGUGGUCCCAGGGUCUACUGAGGAAGGUAUCAUUGUCUUCUGACUCCUUAGAAGAAGGAGACCCUGCCAGGAAAGAGAGACAACUCAAGAUGAGAAGUGUGACAUUGAUCUGACUUCCUGAUCUUCACUAUUGCUUGAAUCCCUUAGUUUUAAUCCAACAGAUUGUCGUUAAACAAGCAACAUUUAGUAAGCAGAGUGCCCUGCCAAGAUGUCGGGGGCACAGGAGACAUAAAGUUCUAAUGUUUAUAGUCUACUCCAGGCCAUCCAGUGCCAAUUAUAGUUCAUUCCAAAAUGCCUGAGAUUUACUCAAGGCCUUUAUAAACAAGUGCUGGGGACUUUGCUGACAUCCCUAUCUGUGGCUUCCUUUCCCACUUCCACUGUUCAACCCAAGAAAUAUGCUUAACUCCGUAAAAUGUUUGAUUCCCUAAUGUGAUGCAGGGUUCUUUCCUCAGCUCUAACUGCAGUGAUGCCCAGACUCAUGCUGAAGAAUAGAUGCUCAUUUACUGUCCUUUGCUUCUCACCCUGUGGAUAAAUGAAUGAAAGAAUAAAUUAUUUAAGCACUGUUUUCCAAGGCCCAUGCUAGGCAUCAGGCAUACAAGCACAAAGCAAAGGUACUUCCUCUCCUCAGAUUAUAUUCUAGUAUAAGAAGUGACCAGAGAGGAACACUUUGGCUUAGUAAAUUACAGGAAGCAGAUGGAAAAAAUGAACACAACCAUUCUAGGAACGAUGAUAGGGUUGAUAUGAUUAUGGUUCGAGAACUGGACGGCAGUAGUGCCUGUCACUUUUUUUUUUUGGCAAGAUGAUGACCUCGGAAGUGAAGUGAAACACAGCUGGAGCCAGGCCUGGAUGUGGUCAUCUUAAGCAGCCAUCGACAAAGACAGUGGGGCCCCAGGGCAGGAAUUUUAGGGGAUAUUCCUCCAGAGUGUCUGUCCUAGGCAGCCAGCAGUAGUUGAGAUGAUGGUCAAGGAGUGAAAUUGGCCUAUGUAACUUCACCUUUCAUUGCCCAAAUCCCAUACAGCCUGGGCACUCUGGGGAUUAGCCAUUUCUCUGUCUUCAAGACCCAGUCAAUGACUUGAUCAGGUUUCUAAGACUUUCCCAGUGGACUCAGAAGUGCUUUGAGGAUAAAAGUCUUUGUAUUCAAUUUCAACCCUGUUCAGGAUCUAGAGAAAUUUUGCAAUAAAUAUAUUUAAAAUGCCCAAGCCAAUGCCUUGUUUUCUUCUAGCUCAGGGCCAUCCAGAUAAAAACUGCCCAACAAGUUUUCUGGAGUCCAGAGCUCUGGGUCAUCUCCACUUUGCUCCAUUUCCCAUUUCUGGUCCAGUGAGCUCAGCUGAGCACAGCUACUACAUCUCCCCCUCCUUUUAUUGUGGAGCAAUGCGGGUUAAGUGACUUGCCCAAGGUCAUACAGCUAGUAUGUGUCAAGUUUCUGAGGCCAGAUUUGAACUCAGGUCCUCCUGAAUCAAAGGCCGGUGCUUUAUCCGCUGCGCCACCUAGCUGCCCCCACAGCUGCUACAUCUGCUACAAUUUCCCCUCCCCCUACCUGCAGGUCAUGAGCCCAGUAUCUCACUACUUUUCAAACUCUUCAUCCCACACGUGUAUAACCGACACUGAUGAGAAACUAAAGUAUGUUGUUGACUCAAUUGACUUUUUUCUAUAGAAUUAAAGUGAGUUAGUGCUCAUACAUUUAGAUCUUGCCAUCACUCCAAAAUAUGCCACUUCUGUGUUCAUACUGAAUCUUCCUUACCUUUUCCCAAUCUACUGUUGUUCCAUCUUGCCCUCUGCCUUACAACCCCAGACUUUGUUCUUCAUCCUCACCAUGACCUCCAAUCCCUCAACUGCUUUGUUCUUUCCCAAGCACCCUUGCACUCUCCUCCUUUUUCCAUCUCGAUCCCUUGGCGAAUCAGUUCAACUUUACACUACCCCCUCAUUCUCUUGUCCUCCUGUUGUCAUUUCAGUAAGAUCUGACUCUUCAUGACCCCAUCUGGGGUUUUCUUGGCAAAGAUACUGGAGGGGUUUGCCGUUUCCUUCUCCAGCUCGUUUUACAGAUGAGAAAACUGAGACAAACAAG